UAAAAGAGGUUUUUAAACUUGGCCUUAAAACUAUUAACAUUGUACUAAAAUUAGAGAGCUGUUUUAGCGAACAACAUACCAAAUACGAUCCAGCGUUAUAUUUGAAUUUGCCGCCCGGGGCAGGAACCCCGGCUUGCCCCUCGCUAGAUCCGGGACUGCUAAUUACAUAGACAGAUUCUAAUUACAUAUACAUUUCGAACUCAAAGCAACUCGUAUGUCUUGUCUAAAUUUCCUUUUGCCUUUUUUCUUUAAAUGAGAGGUAGUAGUUAUGCUUAAAAAUGAAAUAAGUAUUAUAUUUAAAUAAAUAUCUGCAUUAAUAAAUAAUAAUUAUUUAUUAUUUUCCAGAUACUUGUACGAUUACAGAAGAAAAUUCGCGAAGACAUACUAUACCCAAAAUGUGUGCCAAAAAUGUCAUUCAGUAUACAUUUUCUAAAAGUCAUAUCAGAACUUUGAACGCCAUUGUACUCAAUCACAGGAUAAAGUUUUCUCGAAGAUCUUCGAUACCUAUGCAAAAUGAAUUAUUGUUAUACAAAGAUACAAUUUGCAACAACAAUAUUCGCAAAUUUCUGUCUUAUUAUACUUUUAAAGAGAAUGUGAAGGAAACACAUAUUCCAGAAGCUGUUCAUCCAAAGCCGGUCUUCAGUUGCUCAUCUGUUGAAGUAAUGCAGAAUGCUGUCAAAGAAAUUAUGAACUUUCGACUUAUGAGAAAUGUCGUAAUUCUUAUAUAUGGUUUUUCGAACUUCUUCAUGAACAUUGGAUAUGACAUCGCUUUUAUUUACACAAAACACAGAAUAAUUCAGAAGAAUAUAUCUGAAGCCAAAGCCAAUUACUUGAUAUCUUUAAUAGGUAUAAUGAAUAUUUUCGGCCAUGUUAUUUUGGGAUAUCUAUCAGAUCGCAGUUAUAUUAACAAAUUAUGGCUAUAUAAUAUUUGUCUGACAGCAUUCGGUUUUGCUACAGCUCUCAGUGGAUUCUGUAAGGAUUAUUACCUUCUAACAUUGUAUGCAGCUAUUUAUGGAGCAACUGCAGGUGAUUACAUAAGCUUAACUUCAGUCAUUUUGAUAGAUUUGUUAGGAAAAGACCAGUUGAACAAUGUGUUUGGACUUCUGUUGCUUUUCCAAGGAGCUGGGUGUAUUAUCGGUCCUCCUAUUGUUGGUAAAUAUGCUGACUACACUGGAUCGUAUGAUUCUGGCUUUUAUUUGUCUGGCUGUUUGUUUGUCUUUUAUUUAUGGAUUGCUUUCAGCGGACUCAUGGCUUUCUUCAUUCCUUCCGUUCAGAAAACGUUAAGUAACGAAACUGUAAAAGAAAAAGACCUUAAAAUUAUCUCACUUCAAAAUACUGUAGCAGAAUAUAAAUCAAAUAAUGAAGUUAAUUUCAAAAUAAGUAACUGA